ACAGCAAACAAUGUCCUUGAUGAAAUGAACAUAUCGUGAAUCUCAGUCACGCUCAUUUCAGUAUAAAUAAGGCGCCAAACGUUGUGGAGAGUCGUUUCAUGAUCUUGUGAUCCGAGACGACACGUACAUGAUGUCAGACCAAAGCCGAGUUUUCGUGUGGACCAUGCUGUUAUCUUCUUUGUGCCCUACAAUACAAACAUUUCUGCUGUCUGGAGGCGAUGUUUGCUUCGGAAUCUGCAACUGCGUCCAAGAGAAGAUGUGGUUUGACUACAUUUACGAAACCGAAGUAAAACUGGUACGGUGCGAGGAGAGAGAUCUCAGAUUUAUACCAAACUUUGCCAUUCAGAAUCUACCUUCGGGAUUCUACCCCGGUGGAAAGAACUUUACUGUUGACUUGCAUAGCAAUUAUAUACAAACUGUUCCUGAUAAAGCGUUUGGAGACCUUCCAAGGCUGUCCAACGUUGACCUCUUCGGAAUUAUUUUGUAUAAUAAUUCAAUAUCGUCCGUAAGCGAUUCUGCAUUUCUUGGUCUAGAAAAUACUAGAGUUGUUUUAGAUCUCGGACAUAAUAAUUUGACGACAAUCCCACAAGCACUGCGUAUUCUAAGACAAAUCGAAGUGUUAGAAAUAGAAGAAAAUCCGAUUAUGACCUUAGAUGCUUCCAUGAUUCAACACAUCAGUCCAUUGUUACGAUUCAGUUUAAAUUUGACUUUGUAUAAUAGCUGGCCAGUAGAACUCAAUAAUCUCCGUGUAAAAUACGUUUGGUUUAAUGGUUACUCUGGAAAUUCGUUUCAGAAUUUCGAUGUACAUGGCAUCGGUCAACAUGGGAUUGAGUUAGAUAUAGGAGGGACGGACAUUGUAGAUCUAAGUGAUGUGAUUUGUAACAAUCAAAUAAAAGUCUCUAAGCUUUGGUUUUGGUUAAAUUACAAACUAGAUAUGAGGCCUUUUGAAAGGUGCAGUCAAGGAACGGUCAUGCAAAAUAUUUUGGAUUUGGAGCUCAGUAGCUUUUAUCUCGCAAGAAUCCCCAACUUCGUUCACACACUAACUAAACUAGAAUGGCUCAGUUUUGUAUUUGAAAAUAUCACCGAAAUUUAUGCUAACGACUUUCGAGGACUUACAGAGCUAAAAGUAUUGUAUCUUUAUAACAACCUAAUCACAACAAUACAUCCACAUGCAUUCGACACAAACACAAAACUUCGCGAGUUAUAUCUACACAAUAACAUGUUGACGCAUGUUCCAGAUAGUGUCUUAAAUUUAAAUCUUGAGAAGUUUACUAUGGAUGCUAUCGAUUGCACAUGCUCCAAUUUGCAAAAUCUGAAACAAGUAAAUGCAACAUUUGUCGAUAGUAUACAAUGCCUUGACAUGACGCAGUCUGCUAAAAACGCCCUCGAUGCCUGUCCCUGAUAAAAUUGUCAACCGAUCGCCAUGUUAUAACAUUUGUAAAAAAAUUGACUACAUAUUUUCACAAUGGUUCAAGAAAACGAGAAUAGUAAGAUCCGAUUUUGACGAUUUUUUUAUCGCAAUUUUGUAUAUUUUGUGUUAGCUGUUUACUUCUCUGCCUUGCGUAAUGUUGAAGAUACAAAGGAAUGAUUAUGGAUUAUGUUAUACACCAUUUUCGGGAUGUGUGUCUCGUUUAGAUCUGUGUUUAAAACUAACAAAUAUCUGCAAUGUAUGCAUGCAUGGUGUGUAUGUUAACACAAUUAAUUAUACUUGAAUUUAAAUUGGGAUAUGUAACAGUAGUAUUUAAAUGCGCGUAAAGGUUCUAAAUUGUCAUGUUGUUGUAUGCUGAUUCGAGGUUAUCACAUAUUUGUUCAUGUGACGGUGAAUGGUGUUUUAUAUAUCAUAAUGUGAACAUGGAAGUGUUUUCGUGAUUAAAUUUUCAACUUUAGUGGGUUGGCGAAUGUUCAUCGAAAUAUGAAUAUCAAGAUGAAACUUGAUUGUUGUACAUGGUUACUUAUUGUAAUAAAGUAUAUUAAUAAUA